GAUGCUUAACUACCAAUUCCUCCUGCAGGAAAAUCAUUGGUUCUUUCUGUCUCCUGCUUGCGCUCAUGUCCAUGGGGAGAGUCUCCUGCGCCCCUGCAGGAGACCACGGGGCUUCUCCGUUGCCCCCAGAAACACUCAUGGCCAACCUCAAGACCAAACUUACGGCCAGACUAAAGGUCGUGGCCCAAGACGAGGUCAUGUAUCGGGCCACGAGGACGGAAGGGAAGGGACACCCGAGGAACUGGCUGGACAACCUCAUUACGCUGCUUCACUUGUUGGGCGUUUCGGACGAGGACGUGGCUGCUCUCGUGGGCGCCGCAGUUCGAGCAGUGGAGAACAUUCUGGUCCGGCUUCCUCCUCAGGAACUCAUGGCGGUGGAGUUGGCCGCGGGGGACAUCCUGGGAAUGCUUCAGGGCGGCGAGGUCGACCUCGAACGCCUCCAGGUCGACCUCAACGUCAUCUACACCUUGAUGGGGCCUUACGUCAACGAGGACCUUCAGCCGACCUUGCGGUGCAUCAUUGACCUUGGCCUUUGGCUUCUCAGUCAGCAAGGACGGAGGAUCCCCGACUCUCUUCUGCGGCCACUCCUGCGGGACCGCCUCGCCCGUAGGACCGUGUGAGGGCUUGGGGCUGCCCCUCGGGUGGGGCUCCUUGUCGUCUGUUCCUUUGCCUCUCUCUCUCUCUCUCUCUCUCUCUCUCUCUCUCUCUCUCUCUCU